CUAUUAGUGCAUGAAAAAUGUACGAUGCAUGCUUCUUUGUUGGCGGUAGAAAAAAUGAAGUGAUAUUUUAUUGAACUUAUUUCAUAUUGGUUAUUUUAUGCUUUCUGGAUGUAAUAAUCUCUACAUGGUUGCCCGAAAAGCAGUUCUAAAAAUCAUGCUGCAAAACGUCAGUUGUUCAAUUUUCUCACUCAAGAUUCAACAUAUUUGAGAGAAUGUUUAACCUGUUGAAGCAUUCUAAUAACAGAAACAAUGAUCUCCCAGCCCGCAUAUACUGAAGAUUCUGUAAACAAUUCACCAUGUUUGUUAAAAACUGAUGUAACUGAUGGGCAUUUUCAAGAAGUUAGAAAAAAUAUUUCUAUAUCAUUUUCAAGCCAAGCUUCAAUUAAUAGUGUUGUGAACUCAACUGGAUCACAUCAAGAUAGUGAUGUUUUGGAGGAAGUAAAUAAGGAUGUUGAACUAGAUGUGAUAAUGGGUAACUUUUUAUUGCCAGGAGAUGAAAAAAAUCAAAUGAAAGAUAAAGUCAAAUCAAUACCAUCUAACAUUAAAGAAGAAGAGAAGACAGGUGUUGCUACAAAGAAUAAUAAUGGUGAAUAUAUAAGCAAAUUUAUUCAUCAAAAAUCAAUUGAUACAAUUCUUGCAGAUGACAUAAAAGAUGAUCUAGAAACUUUGUCUGAUGCGGAAAGUGAAGAAUUCAAUCAAACUUUUCAUUCUAGUAUAACUGUUUCUAAUACAUUGAACAGUGAAGAGUUAUAUGAAGAUUUUACAAAACAAAAUGGGUUAGUAAUCACUGGAAGUGAAUCACCAACAUUUGACAGUCCUUUGCUGAAAUAUCUUGAGGAAAAUAUUCGAAAUAAAGUGGAAGAUACCACAGAUUUUUGCAAUAGGAAUGAAGAAAUACAAACUGAUAAGAAUGUUAACGAAUUGAGAAAUGAGCUUUUUAAGAAUGAGAAUGUACAACCUAUAUUGAAUGAUAAUAUAUCUCGUUCUGAACUAAUGAAGUUACAUCCUAAUUCACAACAUGAAGUAUUUACUACUUCAGAUGCUAGUGAACAUGUUCUUGAAGUUGGCAGUGGCUUACAGAUCAUAGAGGUAAAGGAAGACACUACAGACAUCACUGGUGAUAAAAAUAAUAAAUUGGUCACUGGCGAAGAAGAAGAAGAAGAAGAAGAAGAAGAAAACGAAUGCCCAAGUAAAAAUUUAUCUACAACUUUUAAUGAGAUGACCUUAUUAAAUUCAAAGACAUUGAACGACAAAGAAGUCAGUGAAAAAUGGUUGGAGCAAGUUGAAGGAAUGUCUCCUGUAUCCAAUAAAGAUGAUGAAUCUUGCAAUGUCGAGGCACAUACAGACCUACCAACGCAUAAAGUUUCGUCAGAUAGCCUUAGUGUUGAGUCAGCCAUAGUUGUUAUCAGGGACGUUUGUUCUUUAAGAGGUUCAUUGAACGAUUCAGUUAAAGUUUACGAAGCUCCUGGUAUUGUAACAUGUCAUAACAAUGGAAAUGUCAAAACUGUUGAAGCUCAUUCUUCAACUUUUAAUGAUAAUAAAGAAGUGUCUCAUGGCAACAGGUUCUAUAACAAUAACAUUCUUAAAGCUCCCGUAACACUUCCUUCAACUAAGACGGAAAUUUUACCUUGUGUUGACACUCUGAAAUGUGUUGAUAAUGUAGUGAACAUAGUUAGUAGGAUCGAUGCCAGUAAAGACUCUGACGAAACUCCUGGUUUGAUGCUAGGUAAUUCUCCAAACACUUACAAACGUGACAGAAGCUCGGAAAAUGACGAAGAAAAAAAGACGUACGAAAGGGGCAUAAGGAAUGGUAUUUGUAUUCGUUUUGAACAGCAAUGUCUCUCUUCCGAUGAAAUAAUGAGUUGUGAAACUGAUAAAGGAAAUUACCUGGCCCGUGAAGAACAACCAAUGAAAGCGAUGGGAAAUAACGACGUCAGAGAUAGUUCGGUUGUGCCGAUAGAGGUGGACCAAACAGAGUCAAAACAAGAAUCUGAAGAAUCAGAACCAAAAGCUGACCAUAGUUUUCCACAUAACAGUGAUUAUAGAAUAAACGAGUUCAAAAAAGUUGAAACUAAUCAAACACUUAUGCAAUCGAAAGAGAUGACCCAGAAAAUGCUGUCACUUCCAGUGAGAAAAACAGGUGGACGAAAAAGCGAAUAUACCUAG